AUGGGCUUUUCGGACCUCGUUUUCCCGCCCUGCUGCAAGGCUGCUGAUGGACCAGGUUUCUCCCCAGUGGACUUUUACGACCUCAAUAGCGCGUACGGAACAGAGGCCAGCCUGCGGAAGCUGCUGACGCAGCUGCACGCAGCAGGGCUGGGCGCGUGCCUGCACGUGGUGGUGAACCGGAUGGGCGGAUGGGGUGAUACGAGCGGAUCGGAGCAGCAGCAACAGCAACAGCAGAUGGGGGGAGCGGGCGGGGUGCCGCCGGGAGUGGGUCCCGGCGAGCCAGGGCUGUCGGAGUGGACCCGACUCACCAACACUGUAGACGAGCCUGCAGUGUGGCGGCAGGGCGAGCAAGAGGGCAUUGACGUGCAGGCAGGGGGGCGGAGGAGCAGCGUGAUGGACCAUGGAAACCCGGCAGUGGAGGAGGACUGUAAGGGGUGGCUGCGAUGGUUGCGAUACGAUGUUGGCUUUGAUGUGAGUGACAUUAUUCAAU